AUGGCAACCUCAGCUCCCGCGUCCGGCAGAGGUGUUGAAGUGAAGCAAGUAACAAUCUCGCCAGCAACCUCAAAUCCCAAGCUGGAGUUUGUCGACAAUUUCGAGCAGGCCUUCAAGUCCUCAUCAUCACUGAGCGGCGCUUUCGAGCACCACGUCGCCCGGGGGCCCGACACGACGAAGCUUCCUGGAAAAGUCGUUGCAAUAUCCCGCACGACACAUCAAACAGGGUUAUCACGCGCCCCCAUGGGCCUCAUUUCCGCCAUUAUGACCGCCUACAACACUCACUGCGCUCUAGUAGUCAGCCCGGACGACGUGUGGUUGACGAUUCUCUCCCAGUUCUGCGCAUACGUCAACAAGAACGCCGAGGGUUUGCGCGACAGGGUGGUUGAGCAUGAGGGCAAGAAGAAGCUGACAGUGUAUGGGCAGAACAUCAAGCCCCCAGAGCUGGCGGACUGGUUCCUCCCUGGGUUCUCUACUACUACGGAGACAGACGAGGUGUGCGCGGCGGCAACAGCUAUGGCGAGCCUCCAGGAGUACUUCAACUAUGAAAUGUGCCUCAGGUGCGGCAUUCCGUCGGUGGCCCUGAUGGGCACAGUCGAGGACUGGAAGCUGCUGCGGGAGAAGAUCGAGCGUAUGCUUGAGUUCGAGGUGCUGGACAACCCGGAGGGCAAGGUCAUGGAGCUGUGGGUGGGGUACCUGAGGAAGGUGUGCGACGGGUUCGUGGAGUCGGCGGAGCACCCGAAUAGCGCGGCGACGGUUGACUUCUGGGACAAGGUCUUCUCUCACCGACAUUUUGUCUCGGGAGUGACGUUCACGACAGGCUGGGUGUCCGCGUUUUCGUGCUUCGACAAAGACGGCAACUUCAUCGGGAAGAACACAGGGAAGGGCGGGGAGUUCCCACUCGUUACUUCACUUUGCCACAACGUUGUUUCGUGCCCUGUGGCCAUCGACGACAACGGAUAUGGGUAUGACGCCACCUUGGUUACAGGACAGGUGGCCUACAGGGCAGAACGAGGUGCCAAGGCUGGAUAUCCGACCAUGUGUCCGCGCAAUGACUGGUGUCUGGCUGUGGCGGUGAAAUGA